AUGCACAUUUCAUUUCUUUUAUUUUUUGCAGAAUUACCAGUGGGAGUGCGAGUAGAAGAAAUUGAAAUACCUGUGCCUUGGGGUCAUGUAGCCGGAAGAUGGUGGGGACCAAGAAAUAAGCAGCCACUAAUAGCUAUUCAUGGAUGGCAAGAUAAUGCAGGCACCUGGGACAACCUUAUUCCAAUGUUGCCUGCUUCAACGUCAGUAUUAGCAAUUGACUUACCAGGUCAUGGUAACUCAUCCCAUUUACCUACUGGUAUGAUCUAUUACGUAUUUUGGGAUGGUGUGGUACUUCUUCGACGGAUAGUUAAACAUUUUAAAUGGGAAAAAAUAAGCCUCAUUGGCCAUUCCCUUGGAGGUGCAUUAAGUUUCAUGUAUGCUGCAUCAUAUCCUGAUGAAGUUGACAAAAUAAUUUGUAUCGAUAUUGCAAGCCCGGCUGUGAGACCGCCCGAUAACAUGGUGAAAGCUACUGGUUGGUCGAUAAAUAAAUUAUUGGAUUACGAAAAUUUAACUGAGGAUAAAAUCCCAUGUUACGAUUAUGAAGAAAUGAUUGAUAUAGUCUUGGAUGCAUAUAAAGGGUCAGUAUCGCGGGAAAAUUGCAAGGUUCUAAUGAGACGAGGUAUGGCACCAACCCCGUCGACUAUGAAGAAGAAGGGCUAUUACUUCAAGCGUGAUCCGAGACUUAAAGUGUCCGCCUUAGGAAUGAUGUCUAUAGAAACAGCGUUAGAAUAUGCGAGUCAAGUGAAAUGCAAAGUCUUGAAUAUCAGAGCUAUUCCAGGUCAGAACUGGGAAAGAUUAGACUACUAUAUGAAAGUAAUAGAAAAAUUAAAACAGACGGCCGACGUUAAUUAUAUAGAAGUAGAGGGUACUCACCAUGUCCAUUUAAACGCGCCAGAAAAUAUUAUAACGCAUAUAGAAGAAUUUUUAGAAGACUAUUAAUUUAGUAGAAUAAUUGUUAUUGUGAUAUUCAAUGUGAUGCAAAGCAAGCACAAUAAAAUUAGUAUUAAUAUUGCCUAUAUGCUGCAUAUAUGUAUUUAUAUAAUAUUAGCCUUAAAGUUUCUCGUAGGUGACGCCUUACAUUGAAAUAAUGUGAAAUAUGUAAGCUACCGUAAAACUGAUUUAAACUACGUAUAAUAUAUGUUAAUGUUACUAACCCCUUACUUAAACGGGUCUUUUCGGUUUUUUUUUAACUAUUUAUUAUGGUAGGCUUAAUGAUAAAUUGUUAUCAUAGGCAUAUGAUAGAUUAUUUAUUUAAGUUUACUACGCGUGUGUGGGUUUUUAAGUAAUUUUAUGAAAAUGGUGAAACUGGUCAAUAUAAAGACAGCACAUAACAGUGAUAUAUUUUAAGACGCAGUUAUUAUAACAAUGAAUUUAUAUGUUUUAAAAUUAAACCUAUAUCUUCAAUAGAUUAUUUAUCCAUGGAUCAAAAUAAAAAUAAAGCAAAGGGACGUGUGAUUAGAGGUAGUUGCACGGGAAAAGUGAUAAUGACGUUAAAAUGUCACAAAAAAAAAAAAAUUGUAUCUUUAUGAUGACCUUGCACAUAUGUACUAUAACAAUAAAGUUGAUUUUAUACAGCACUCACAAAUAUAUCACUAACAGAAUCAUGCUGUUAUCAGUAAGGAAAAUAGUCUGAUUUCUUAAUAGGUAUCUAUAAAAUACGUACUCACUAUCAGCUGAUACAGAUGGAUGAAAGUACAAAUUCCAAUCUCCAAUUUAUUAUGCUUAUAAUUGAAUGAAAUACAAGUAGAUAUGAAAUCA